AUGAGCACCUCCUCCGGUCUCCCCCAGCACCUCCUUCCGGUCUCCUCCCAGCACCUUCCUCCGGUCUCCCCCCAGCACCUCCUUCCGGUCUCCCCCCAGCACCUUCCUCCGGUCUCCCCCCAGCACCUUCCUCCGGUCUCCUCCCAGCACCUUCCUCCGGUCUCCCCCCAGCACCUCCUUCCGGUCUCCCCCCAGCACCUUCCUCCGGUCUCUCCCCAGCACCUCCUUUUGGUCUCCCCCAGCACCUCCUUCCGGUCUCCCCAGCACCUCCUUCGGUUCUCCCCCAGCACCUCCUUUCGGUCUCCUCCCAGCACCUCCUUCCGGUCUCCCCCAGCACCUCCUCCGGUCUCCCCCAGCACCUUCCUCCGGUCUCCCCCAGCACCUCCUUCCGGUCUCCCCCAGCACCUCCUCCGGUCUCCCCAGCACCUCCUUCCGGUCUCCCCCAGCACCUCCUUUCGGUCUCCCCCAGCACCUCCUUCCGGUCUCCUCCCAGCACCUCCUUCCGGUCUCCCCAGCACCUCCUUCCGGUCUCCCCCAGCACCUUCCUCCGGUCUCCCCCAGCACCUCCUCCGGUCUCCCCCAGCACCUUCCUCCGGUCUCCCCAGCACCUCCUUCCGGUCUCCCCAGCACCUCCUCCGGUCUCCCCCAGCACCUCCUUCCGGUCUCCCCCAGCACCUCCUUCCGGUCUCCCCAGCACCUUCCUCCGGUCUCCCCAGCACCUCCUUCCGGUCUCCACCCAGCACCUCCUUCCGGUCUCCACCCAGCACCUUCCUCCGGUCUCCCCCCAGCACCUUCCUCCGACCUCGCCCCAGCACCUUCCUCCGACCUCGUCCCAGCACCUUCCUCCGACCUCGCCCCAGCACCUUCCUCCGACCUCACCUCAGCACCUUCCUCCGACCUCGUCCCAGCACCUUCCUCCGACCUCGCCUCAGCACCUUCCUCCGACCUCGUCCCAGCACCUUCCUCCGACCUCGUCCCAGCACCUUCCUCCGACCUCGCCUCAGCACCUUCCUCCGACCUCACCUCAGCACCUUCCUCCGACCUCGCCUCAGCACCUUCCUCCGGUCUCCCCCCAGCACCUUCCUCCGGUCUCCCCCAGCACCUUCUUCCGGUCUCCCCCCAGCACCUUCCUCCGACCUCGCCUCAGCACCUUCCUCCGACCUCACCCCAGCACCUUCCUCCGGUCUCCCCCAGCACCUUCCUCCGACCUCACCCCAGCACCUUACUCCGACCUCGCCCCAGCACCUUACUCCGACCUCGCCCCAGCACCUUCCUCCGACCUCGCCCCAGCACCUUCCUCCGACCUCACCUCAGCACCUUCCUCCGGUCUUCCCCAGCACCUUCCUCCGGUCUCCCCCAGCACCUUCCUCCGGUCUCUCCCAGCACCUACCUCCGACCGAAACACAUCAUCAUCAACAUUACACCAACCUCUUCUGA